AUGGGGAAUCAUCAAGCUGAUAAGAAGUUCACUUGGGUGAUUAAGAAUUUCAACUCUUUGGAUUCCGAUAGAGUUUACUCUGAUACAUUCCAGGCCGGGCGUUGCAAAUGCCAUCUAGUCGCUUAUCCCAAGAGAUUUGAUGAAUUUAGUUAUAGUAAAUGUUACUCUUUGUAUCUAUGUGUUUCUGAUUCUAAAUCUUUGUGUUCCGGAUGGAGAAGACACGCUAAAUUUUCCUUGACUAUGGUAAAUCAAUUUCAAGAAAAACUCUCCCAUAUGCAAGUUUCACAAGGCUGGUUUGAUGAAAAGAACACAAGAUUGGGUUUUAGUAUGUUUUGGGGUUCCCGGUUUCCUAGUAGAGAUAAUGGGUUUCUGAUAAACGGAGAAGUCAAGAUUGUUGCAGAAGUAGAUGUUCUUGAAGUUAUCGAUAAUUUCGAUGAACCAGAGGGAAACAUUGAUAUCAAUGGGUUUCAAGUUCCUCCUUCACAAGUAGAAUCUGUGAACAGUCUAUUUGAAAAGUAUCCAGGCUUUGCAUCAAAACACUGUCCCAAGAACCAGCAUCUGAGAAAAGCAUAUUUGAAUGCUAUACUAAGUCUAACUGAGACUACGAGCAUGUCCCCUGAGGAGCUCUCGAAUGGUGAUCUGGCCGAAGCGUAUUCUGCACUACGAUAUGUGACAGAAGCAGGGUUUAAGUUGGAUUCGUUGGAGAAGACACUGAAAGAGACAGGUGAAACUCGGUUGCAAGAUAUUGAGGAAGAGUUGAAGGACUUGAAGGUGAAGUGCGCAGACAUGGAUGCUCUGCUUGAGUUCUUACGAUGAUGUUGUUUGAUGCUAUGGAA